AUGGCCUUUAUUCACAGCGGAAUCACCGAGACGGUCUUAUCCUUCAAGCCAGAGAUCCCUCUACCAACACCAUUGGACAUUACAGAGGAUCGAGGGACAUACGCUGAUCCGGAGAAGCGACGAUUGCUCUCAAAGGCAGCCCAGGUCAUUCCCCUGACGCCCUAUGUCGGGACAGAGCUAGUAGGAAUUCAGUUGGAUCAGCUCGAUGUUGAGCAAAAGGAUGACUUGGCCCUGUUAGCUGCAGAGCGAGGAGUCGUUUUCUUACGGGACCAGAAGUUAGACUCGGACGGUCAAUACGAAUUCAUUAAGCAUUUUGGUCCGGUCAAUCAAGAGCCAAAUCAGUCUGAUCCUCGUCACGUCACGAUUGUUGGCAGAGACACGGAUAUUCGGUCGUAUGAGGGCACCAACUCCGGUCAAUUCCAUUCGGACCUCUCUUUUCAACCCAAUCCCUCGUCUUACACAUUACUCAGAAUGGUCCGGACCCCUGAGACGGGCGGUGAUACUAUUUUUGUCAGUCAGUACGCGCUGUUCAGCCAGUUGAGCAAGCCAUACCAGAAACUCCUUGAAGGGCUCCAUGCCACCCACACAUCGGAGCAUGUUUUUGUGAACGCCAUCAACAGAGGUCGAUCGAUGAAGACCUUACCUGGCCGAUGGGAACAUCCUCUAGUUCGAACCCAUCCAGUCACUAAAUUGAAGUCUCUCUAUUAUAGCCCAGUCUACACAACACACAUUCCGGAGCUCAAGGCACAGGAAUCGGCACACACGUUGAACUUUUUACGUGAACACCUACAUGAGGCCGAUGAUUUGAGCGUACGAUGGCACUGGACUGCUGGUAGUGUGGCAUUUUGGGAUAAUCGAAUUGUCACCCAUCGACCAAUACCAGGGGGCUAUGAGAAAAGCACGAGGGAGGGGAAACGUUGCUCGGUGUACGGUGAGAGGCCAUUUUAUGACCCCAAUAGCCGAACUUUGGAAAUGUAG